AUGAAUCUGACGAGGUUCCAGAUCUUUCUGACGUGGAUUCUGUCUGUAUUUGCCGGUACAGCCAUCUGCUCCAAGGAAGAGACCCGCCUGGUCAGCCACCUGUUCUCUCAGUACAACAAGGUGGUCCGUCCGGUGAACCACUUCAGCGAGGCUGUGGUGGUCACAGUGGGCCUGCAGCUGAUUCAGCUCAUCAGUGUGGAUGAAGUCAACCAGAUCGUGACCAGCAAUGUUCGACUUCGACAGCAAUGGGUAGACGUGAGCUUAAAGUGGGACCCUCAGGAGUACGGCGGCAUCACGAAGAUCCGGAUUCCGUCCACGGACAUCUGGAAACCAGACCUGGUGCUCUACAACAAUGCGGACGGCGACUUCAACAUUCGUCAUGAGACUAAAGUUCUGCUGGAGUACACUGGGAAGAUCACCUGGAACCCGCCCGCCAUCUUCAAGAGCUACUGCGAGAUCAUUGUCCUGCACUUCCCCUUCGACCUGCAGAACUGCAGCAUGAAGCUGGGCACCUGGACCUACGACGGCAAACUGGUCAUCAUCAACCCGGACAGUGACCGACCAGACCUCAGCAACUUCAUGGAGUCCGGAGAGUGGGUGUUGACCGACUACCGGAGCUGGAAGCACUGGGUCUACUACACGUGUUGUCCAGAUACGCCCUACCUGGACAUCACAUACCACUUCCUGAUGCUGCGACUGCCCCUCUACUUCAUUGUCAAUGUCAUCAUUCCCUGCAUCCUAUUCUCCUUCCUGACCGGACUCGUCUUCUACUUGCCCACCGACUCUGGUGAGAAGAUGACCCUCUCCAUCUCUGUCCUGCUGUCCCUGACUGUGUUUCUGCUGGUCAUCGUGGAGCUAAUCCCGUCCACCUCCAGCGCCGUGCCGCUCAUCGGGAAGUACAUGCUCUUCACCAUGGUCUUCGUCAUUGCCUCGAUCAUCAUCACCGUCAUCGUCAUCAACACGCACCACCGAUCCCCCAGCACACACACGAUGCCUGCCUGGAUACGCAAGGUCUUCAUCGAGAAAAUCCCCAACAUGAUGUUCUUCUCCACGAUGAAGCGCCCAAGUCAAGAGAUUCGACAGAAGAACAUGUUCCCCACUGACAUGGAUAUUUCUGACAUCUCAGGCAACCCCACCCCCACCACAGUCACCUACCAGUCCCCCAUCGUCAAGAACCCCGACGUCCGCAGUGCCAUUGAGGGCAUCAAAUACAUUGCAGAGACCAUGAAGUCAGACGAGGAGUCGAACAAUGCAGCAGAGGAGUGGAAGUUUGUAGCCAUGGUUCUGGAUCACAUCCUCCUCUGCGUGUUCAUGGCCGUGUGUAUCAUCGGAACGCUCGCCGUCUUCGCCGGACGACUCAUCGAGCUCAAUCAGGGCUAGCCGAGCCCAGAGUGCACAGCUUCCCACUCAAAGACAAACACAGACAAGGUGUGUCUUGUGUUUGUCACACGGACAACCACAGCGGAACAGCAGCGACUCAUGCGAGUCAUGUGAUCUGGAAGGAUCGUACUUGAAACUUUUUUUUUUUUUUAACCGUUGUAUUUUCCGGUGUUUUCGGAUCAGAGAGCAAAAUAUCCUCCACAAGUGGAGUUUUAUUGGUUUAUUUCGCUCGAACUUCACAUCCAUGUCUUGUUGACGUUAUUGUUUAGUGGAUCAUUGUGCUGCAGACGACUGUUGUGAGUUGAAUGAUUCAUUGUUACAGAUAUCUCCACAAUGAUUAGCAUGACACCAUGACAAACAAAAACUAUUCACUAAAAAAUAGAACUGUGUGAGAGAAAAUUAAGGAACUAAAUGAAUAAAAACAAGGAUUUACUGUUGCAAUUCACCAACAAACUAAACCAAAAAUAGCUAUGAAUGCUUUACUAAGUUUGGUUGUUUUGAAAAGACAUGAACUCCAUUAUGAUUGUAAAUAUCUGGAGGAGAAGCAGAAAACACGAAUCAAAUCAGUAUGUUUGCUAAGACACUUUUGGAACUGAUUGUAAUGAGUUGCCGGUGAAGCUUCAUGAAACACCACCCUCGCUUACGGAGCGAGGCAGGUGGAACUAUCAGUUUAUAUGAUACUGUAUAAGGUUUUCAUCUAAACAGUUGUGAAAAGAUUACAAAGUGCCAUCUAGUGGGCGCUGAAACGGACAACACAGUUUCAUGAAGCGUCAUCUGCUGCUCACAUGUAAAUAAUUCAGGUUUGAACCUGGUGUGAUGACGUGCAAUAACGGUUUGAUGCGUUUCGAUCAGACAAAGAUUUAAUAAGGUCAGAAGAUGUUUUGUUGUCGUGUUGUCUUAAAUUCAGUUUGUAAAGAAUUUUAACAGUUUGUUUAUACUGCAACAAAAAUCUUCCUGCAGCAAUCCGUUUUCAGACAAAACCCCCAGGAAAAGAAGGAAUCUUAAGAGGCACAUUUUUCAUUUCCCGGAAUUAAAACUUGUAAAGACAUGUUUUCUGAUUAUUCCAUGUGAAGUCA